CUGGCGGAACUGGAUGCUUAAGGAAAGACGUUUUAUUUGUUAUUAUUUAUCUUCUUCCCCCCCAAAACACUAGGUUAACAGUAUUUUAUCUCCUGGAUCCUUUUUAAGCAGCCAUGGAUUAUCUUACCGGACAGACUUUUCUAAAACUUGCCUUUCUUAUCCUUACAGUGUUCAGGAGCAGCUGUUCUAUGUUGGAAAGAGCUGUCGAACAUGUUCCUGUGCAUCCAUAUCCUCAUCAAUCCAGUCCAAAAGAAGACAGUGAAUUUUCCUUCUGUGAUUUUGAAUCUCCAUGUUCUUGGACCUUAUCCAAUCACAGCACUGGAGAGGACUGGUAUGUCACAUCACCGCAGCAACACAGAUCCAAUAGAUGGGGUGUCUUACCAAUCAAAGAUCAUUCCGCUGGAAAAUCUGAAGGUCAUUUUCUGUUACUAAAACCAAGCUCAACUCAGUUGUCCUCUGGGAGCUGUAGUUUCCAAAUGACCAGUCCUGUAGAACUCCACAGUGGGCCACUCUGUCUUUUGCGCCUCGCACGCUUCCAGCCAAAACCACACACAGGAAACUUAUCUGCCUUUGUGAAAACCACUGAUUCCUCAGUCAUCAAGCCAUUGGCUCUUACAAUCAAGGAACAUGGGGUUGGCAGGUCACAGUGGGAGGUGCUUGAGGCUCUGAUUGGUAAAUUAGACGAGCCCUUCCAGGUGACAGUGCAGUACUCUUCCUGUAGCAGCCAUGAAUUUGGAUUUCUCGCAUUUGAUUCGCUGGAACUGAAGGACUGUGUCAUGGGUUAUGAGGAUUUCGAUUUGGAUGUUGUUUCAGAAUGUGAAAAAUUAUCAUCAUUUCACUGUGAUUUUGGAGGCUGUAUAGAGAAGAGCCGUGUGUGUGAUUUGCAUACUGACUGCCCACUAGGGGAGGAUGAAGGAUUAAUAUGCGAUGCUUUACCCUUGGGUUCGCACUGUUCAUUUGAGUCGGGUUCCUGUGGAUGGUCGGUUUCAAAUACACAAUCCUCUUGGAGGCUAGUUAGUGGAGAACAUCUAACUGAAAGCACGGAUCUUCAGGGCACAACUCUGCAAAAUACUCAAGGGCACUUCCUUUUCUUAAAGCUUAGCGGACAUGGUGACGAAAAUGAAACACUGGUUCAAAGCCCAGCUCUCCCUUCAACUUUAUCUAAUCAAGAAUGUCAGUUGCACUUUUCCCUUUACCUCUAUGGCGACUUCAAUGGUACAGUUCUACUGUCAGUGGUAGAGAAUGGAUCUGCUACACCUCAACUUGUGUGGGAGAGAUCUGGACACUGGAAAGAUAACUGGCAAGAUGUCACUCUACAGAUUACAGAUAUUUUAAAUGGGUUCCAUGUUAAAGUGCAGGCUUUGUUGGGUUCUGGUUCUAAGGCUGACAUUGCACUGGAUGACAUUUCGUUAAGUGCAGCGUGCUUUUACCCAGAUCUAAAUGACUUGCUUCUUGGACAAAGACCUCAUGAUUUGGACUUCAUCAGUGAUUUGGAUUACUUUAGCCCUCUACCAGAGCCCUCAGCAUCAGAGGUGUCCCUAAUGACAUGGUGGUUUACUUCCUGUGGAGCCAGUGGACCUCUAGGCCCUACUCAAGCCCAGUGUGACAGCGCUUACCGCAAUACCAACCUCAGCGUGGUGGUGGGGAAGGAGGACCCUCUCAAGGGGGUUCAGAUGUGGAGGGUCCCAGCAACCAACAUGUACAAGAUUUCUGCCUAUGGAGCCGCAGGAGGCAAAGGAGCAAAGAACCAUAACAAGCGUUCGCAUGGCGUCAUCAUCUCAGCUAUCUUCCCACUGGAGAAAGGGGAUAUACUCUACAUCCUAAUUGGUCACCAAGGGGAAGAUGCCUGUCCAGGGAGGAACCCCCUGACCCGUAACAUCUGUCUGGGCGAGUCUUCGGUUAUUGAAGAUGGUUUUGACAGUGAUGGUUCAGCUUUGGAGUGGGCAGGGGGUGGAGGUGGUGGUGGGGGAGCCACUCACAUCUAUCGGAUGGAGAAUGGGGAACCAGUUCCUUUGCUGAUUGCAGCUGGAGGGGGAGGGAAGGCCUACCUGGAGGACCCUGAAAGCAGCCUGGACCAGAUUUUCCUGGAACAGUAUGAGAAUGACACUGCAGCCUCUGGUGUCAAUGGCAAAUCGGGAGCAGCAGGAGGCGGAGGUGGAUGGAGCGACGACUCCUAUCUCCCUUGGGCAGGGAAAUCUCUGGUUGAAGGAGGACAGGGAGGCUCAUCCUGUCCUCAAGCUCUGUCUAAGCUCGGAUGGGCUACAUUUGGGGGGUUUGGAGGGGGAGGGGGCGCUUGCACUGCCGGAGGGGGUGGUGGAGGAUACAGAGGUGGUGAUGCACCCCUUUUUGAUGGGAUCACAGCAGAUGGACAAGAUGGAAUCUCUUUUGUCCACCCAAUGGGAAAGAUAUUUUUACAACCACUGGCAGCCAUGGAGAGUCACGGGGAAGCUGAGAUCAAGGUGUUUCUGAAUUGCAGCCACUGUCAGACCCAGAGCUGUAAGCGAGUUGAAGAUACCAGGCUCAUCUUCUGCUUGUGUGACAACAAUGAGGUGCUUGCACCAGACAAUGUCACCUGCACAGUUGUUUCUCUGGGCUCCCUGGCAGAUGGGCCCCCAUCCCUUAUUUUUAUCCUGGCAGUGAUUGCGUCCACGGUAAUAACAGGUGUCGUUCUGAUCUGCGCCAGCCUCACUCUCAUAUAUUAUCGUAAGAAGAACCACUUGAAUGCUGUCAGGAUUCGUCUGCAGAGCCCAGAGUACAAGCUUAGCAAAAUUCGUUCCUCCACCAUAAUGACUGACUACAACCCCAACUACUGCUUUGCCGGGAAGGCGGCUUCGCUAAGUGAGCUUAAGGAGGUGCCACGUAAGAAUAUCACACUUCUCAGGGCAUUGGGGCACGGUGCCUUUGGGGAAGUGUAUGAAGGACAGGUUUUGGGUAUGAAUGGAGACGACACAGCCAUGCAGGUCGCUAUAAAGACUCUUCCAGAAAUCUGUUCAGAACAGGAUGAGAUGGAUUUCCUUAUGGAGGCCUUGAUUAUGAGUAAGUUCAGCCAUCAGAACAUUGUGCGCUGUAUUGGAGUCAGUCUGCAGAUCCUGCCUCGCUUCAUCUUACUGGAGCUCAUGACGGGAGGAGACUUAAAGAGCUUCUUGAGACUAAACCGCCCCAGAACUAACAAGUCCUCUUCUCUGACUAUGCUGGAGCUGUUGCAUAUGGCCAGGGACAUUGCACUUGGCUGUCGCUACCUAGAAGAGAACCAGUUCAUCCACAGGGACAUUGCAGCACGCAACUGCCUUUUGACCUGUCCUGGUCCAGAUAGAGUGGCUAAAAUUGGAGAUUUUGGGAUGGCUCGUGACAUUUAUAGGGCAAGUUAUUAUAGGAAGGGUGGUCAUGCCAUGUUGCCAGUGAAAUGGAUGCCACCUGAAGCCUUCUUAGAGGGCAUUUUUACCUGCAAGACUGACACAUGGUCUUUUGGGGUGCUGCUGUGGGAGAUAUUCUCACUUGGAUACAUGCCUUAUCCCUGCAAGACCAAUCAAGAUGUAUUGGAAUUUGUAACCAGCGGAGGUCGGAUGGACCCUCCUAAAAGCUGCCCAGGGCCUGUUUAUCGGAUCAUGACACAGUGUUGGCAACACUGUCCAAAUCACCGACCAAACUUCACUACCAUUUUAGAACGGAUCAACUACUGUACACAGGACCCUGAUGUCAUCAACACCCCUCUUCCAGUGGAGUAUGGUCCCUCUAUGGAGGAAGAAGGUGGUAUUGUUAUCCAUCCAGAAGGAUCUGGCAGUUUGACACCUCUUUUUGUGGCCCACUCUAUGUCACAGGAAGCCUCCCUUCGACCUGAGAACUUCGGCUUGAAUCCACAGGCCCACAAACCCCAUUUGCAGCAACAAAGACCAGUCCAGCUUGCACAGCAGGUGGGCACAUACCAUGAAACAUUGGAACCAUGUUGGGCUGAGUCGAUUCCAGCUCCAGGGGUUUGUCCUGGGCAAUGGCUUCAAGUCCCAGACCACCAACCAUGCUCUAGAACCAGCUCAUUGUCAGGCAGCCAGAAGCUCAAGAACAAGACGAAAAACCUUUGGAACCCCACCUACGGUUCCUGGAUUCUAGAGAGCUGUGGACGGGGAAAAUCAUCCCUGUGCCAUACCCAAUCCAUGCCGCUGUCUUAUAAUUCCACUCCCCUGUCUGCAUUAGCUUCUAACUCAGAGCGCAUUGACCCUGUAAUAGUAGAUGCAAGUGCAACUGUUUCGACAUCCACAAACCCACCUCCAACUACAACAUCCUCCCAGAACACUGGCAGUCCCACUGGGCCUCUAAGUCAUGUUUCUCGGAAGGAUGCAACAACAGGUGCUGCAGGGGGCUCGCUCGCUGCUGUUAUGGAUUUGGCGAAACUUCAGAGCUUCCCAUGUGGUAACGUAAACUAUGCUUACGAUGAGCAGAGCUGUGAGACAGAGAGCUUUCCUGUGGUUGUGGCCAAGUCUGUGGAGCCCUGCACCAGCACUGCAGCAACUUCUUCACUGGCUGCUCUUGGUCUGGCUACAACCAUUACUCACAAACCUCUGGUCAAACGCCAUGCUAGCUAUGGACAUGAGGAUGUUAAGAGGUACACCCAGCCUGAGAAACCUGCAAAGGACAGGGAUUCUGGUUUUUCGUUGUCAGAAGACCUUAGUAUCACCCCUGUGUAGCAUUGCAGAAAAAUAUAAGAGGCACUUAGAUAGUAGUACAGUAUAUAGGGAAAUACCCAGCAUCUCAUUAUGUUUGGCUCCGAACAUUGAUUUUGAUGUUAAUUUAAUUUUGGCACUAAGGUAUUUUAUUACGCUUUGACACUUGCAGUGUAUGCUAGAGGCAGAAUGUCAGGUUAGUUACUGCCGGCAGACUACUACAGUAUAAGACUAUAACUAUAAAAGAGAGAAUACAUAAUUAUUGUGUGGUACCAAAAACACCAAAGACAUGGAGAGUUGGAGUUGUAACUGAUUUGCCAUGAACUGGCAGCUCUCUUCUAAAUGGCUGAUGGUUUCUAUUGAAACUUCCUGUUGGCUAAUAGCAGCCCUUGAACACUUAAUUCACUGGAUUCUCAUCUACUGUCAACACUGUGAAAACAUAUUAUAUUUACUUUAAGGACUACAUGAAAGAAGUAGUGCACUACAUGCAUUUCAGGCUGGCAUUAGAAAUAAACAGUAGGAUCUAAAGCACGUUCAGACCUAAAAUGGGACACAAAUGGUUAGUAGACUAAACAAUACCACAUAAUGAUCAGUCAGAAGUUGUUUUUUUUAGGUAUUGAUUAUACAAUUUAAUCGAUUUGUAAAAUUAGUAUUAUUUUUGUUGUUGCUUUGUUUAGAUCGUUGAGUAACUUGGUAAACUUUAAAGGUGCACACAGUAUUGUUGCAAACUGGUAACAAAAAUCAGGUUACUAUUCCAAAAUUUUUACAACAUUAUUUUUAUGUGCCUCAUAUCACGGCCAUUUCUUGGUGAAAUGAACACUAGAGGUGCUACAACAAUGAGUUUUUUUCACUUUCACACAAAAUAGAAGUGAAAUGGCAGACUAUCAGUUCAUAAACACUUUUCACCCUGUUCCUCACACAGUACAAUUUUACUAAAGUGCAUGACUUGUAAGGUGAUACAUUUUAAUGUAUGCAUUACAUAACCAUCUACAUUUAUAAUCUUUUUAUUUUUGGGGGGGCUCAUGCUACACUCCGCGGUCCACGCACAACUUACCACGCACCCCAUUGAGAGCGAGAACCCCUAAUCGUGACCACAAGGAGGUUACCCCAUGUGACUCUACCCUUCCUAGCAACCGGGCCAAUUUGGCUGCUUAAGAGACCUUGCUGGAGUCACUCAGCACACCCUGGAUUCGAACUUGUGAGUCCAGGGGUGCUAGUCAGCAUCAAUACUCAUUGAGCUACCCAGGCCCCCCUACAUUUAUAAUCUUGUUCUAGUGCAAUCAAAUUGCGAAGUAGCUCAACUGAUAGAGCUUUGCACUUGCGAUGCAAAGAAUCAGGUAAGAGCGCUGCAGAGCAUACGAGUCGACACGUGAGCUGAACGUGUCAUAGAAGCCCCACAAAAUUACAUGGUUGCAGUUGUCAAGCAAUUGUAUUUAUAUCUCAGAUUUGUUUUUUAUGACUGUAGAAUAAUUUUGAAUAGUGCCUUGUUUACUGAAACUGUGUUUCACUUGGGGCCAGUGAAUGAUGCCAAUCUAUAAACGCAUAUAUACACACAGUUUCAAAAGUAUAGCCACAAGACAUAAAAAAAAUAUGCAUGUUAACAUGAUUUUAGGCUACUUCCAUAUUAAUCAGAAUUAGAAACAGAAUGAGGUUUUUUGCCAAGUAUGCUUACACAUACAUGGAAUUUGUCUUGCCGACAGAAGCUUCCAGUACCCAAACAACACAGCAACAAGACAGAGAUAAUAAUUUAAAAAAUAAAAUAAAAAAAGCCAAUAGAAAAUAUAAAUAUAGAAAUACAAGUCAAGUCACCGUUUUCAGAUAUCUCAGUUGUCCCUGUCCACACUACAACAUGAAUACAGCGUUUUCAAAUGUAUCCACUUUGGAGUGUUUUCAAAAAGCUCAGUUUUCACUGUCAAAAACGGCAUCUCAGUGUGGACGGAAGGCCAAAACGUAGAUAAAAACUACGUAAAAACAUUACAUGAGAACAUUGUGCUACAAAUGCUGUCGAUUGAGCUUAACUUAAAUUCCUUUAAUUCUCUUUUAGUUCCACUCAGUGGACAUUUCACCUCUGAUCUGCCACCAUAUGUGUUAUGAACCACAUAAUAUGAUUUUGUGAAAAUGUCUCCACUGUCACGGCUGGGGGGGUCAUAACACAGCUACCACGGGGUAGGCCUGAUCAAUAUAAAAUAAAACAGCUUAAACACUGCUAUACAGAGAACACCUUUUCCUUUAAGCUUAGAUUAAAAAAUCAGGUUGACUUUACAGGGUGUUUUGACUGGAAAAAAAUGGAUCAAAGAUCAAUAGUUUAGACUAAGCUUGGUGUUUGUCAUGUAUUUUGUCUGGUGUUAGUUUUGAAAAACAACAAUGUAACCGGUAAAGGAUGGGCAAGGAGGAGGUGGGAACCAGCUGAACAAUCAACAUAAACUUUGAAUGCAUAAAUUCACUUAAAAAAACAUAAACAAACAGCGUGGCUGUGUGUCCCUCUCUCUCCCGAACUGGGGUCUCUGGCUCCCCUUUAUCUCUCUCUCCCACUGAUUAAUUGACUCGUUGGCACCCUCACGGCCCAGCCAUGCCUUCCUCCUCAUCACACUCCUCCCCCUUCCGUUUCAGGCCGGGGCACCAUCCAUUGAAAUCUCCUGAGUGUUAUUAAGAAAUGUAUGUUUAUUUUGGAAGUGACUUUAAUUGAACUGAGCAAAUGAAAAAGCACUGAGAAGAGUGCAACAGCUGUGCAGAGAGGCAGAGAAAUAAAGAGAAAAAAUAAUCUCCUCCUUCCCAUACCCGAACAUUGACUGUUACAAACACAUUUAUAAACAGUGUGUUGCCUUUUCAAAGGGGGUGUGUUUUGUGUGUAAAACACUGAGAUAAUUGUGAACGCUUGAGAAAAGGUGUUGCACCAGAAUUUGUUGAAAGUCAAUGAGCCAUGUAACACUGGGUGUGAUUGUUGUGGCUGCUGCGGAGAAUAUUGAUUUCCACUUCAAUGGACUCUUUUAGAAAGCUGUUUAAGACACCCAUCCCUUGUGAUAUUUUUUUGCGAUCUCUUUUUUAAAUAAGUGAAUAAAUAGAAGUUGUAUUUUUAU